AUGCAUACUCCUCUGCAAAAGAGGGACAAGAUAGCGCAAUACAGUAUUUAUGGGGAAGCUGGCAAAUUCGUUGCUCAACAGCUAGAGAGAGACAAUAAAAUCAGAGUCUGUGUAAAUGGCCAUUUGCCAUUAGAUGGUCUGAAAGAAAGAAAUGAAGCUCCUCUGAAAGAAGGUGUUUUUAAUCUUGAAGAAACAGAAAGUAAGAAUAAUUUUCACCUGACUAAAUCUGCUUCAGAAGAAAAGAAAAACUUCAUCUCCUUGACUAUUGAGGAUGAAAUGGAAAAACCAAAUGCUAAAAUAAUCAAUGUGGGCUCUCCAAAAGCAAAAUCUCCCAGGCCAGUGGUGUUUUCUGUAUUGUACGUGAAUACUCACACUCUACCUUGA